GGCUCCUCCAAACUUCCUCCUCCAACUUCAACCCAGCAGAGUCAUCAACGACUGCAAAUCUAGUUUUUAUCAUAACUACUCAACCACAAGUUCGAAACUCUUUUCCUUCGAUAGAAUUUGUCGCAUAGACGACGCGAUCAUCAUGGCGGGCGGUGAUCAUGGUGGUGAAUCAAAUGAUACACCUGAGCCGGUCAUCAAGGGCUUCGCUACGCUCAAUCAAUUGCAGAUCGGUGUAAAGGCCUUUGUUGAAAAGAACGGCGAACCCAGAAAAGCAGAAAUAUUAUCAAUAAAACAGAGAAAUGGUUCUUUGACAUUCUACGUGCAUUAUGUUGAAUUCAACAAGCGUCUCGAUGAAUGGAUCUCGGCGGAGCGAAUCGAUCUCUCUCAAGAGGUCGAAUGGCCUGCUCCCGAAAAACCCGAGAAGAAGAAGACCACGGUGACAACCAAGGCAUCGUCGACCAAAAACGCACAGGCGAAAUCCAUCACCACCACCAAGGCCGGCCGCCCCCGGACGGAUUCGCGACCUGGGUCCGCGACGCCGGACCUACUGACGUCCAAAGCUGGCAAUGACCGCAAACGCCCUCUCCCAUCCAAGGCGGGCGGGAAGGAGAACCGCGAGGAUUCCCUGAUCGCGGACGACCCGGCUUUGGCCCAGGCCGGCACUCCGCUGACCAGUCUGAGUCACGAAGACAGCGCGGAGCUCCCCGCGGGAAGCACCGACGUCGAAAUGACGGACGUGACCACCAAGACGGAGGAGAAGGUGCCCGCGAUCCUGGAGCCCGAGGAGGAGAUUGAGAAACUGCGCACGGGAGGGUCGAUGGUCCAGAACCACGCCCAGCUCCACCUCGUGCGCAACCUCAACAAGAUCCAGAUGGGCAAGCACGUCAUCGAGCCGUGGUAUUUCAGUCCGUACCCCCAGGAGUUUGGAGACGUCGACAUGGUCUACAUUGACGAGUUUUGUCUGUCGUAUUUCUCUUCGCGCAAGGCCUUUGAGCGGCACCGGUCCAAGUGCGAACUCCGCCACCCUCCCGGCAACGAGAUCUACCGCGACGACUUUGUUUCCUUUUUCGAGGUCGACGGACGUCGACAACGCACCUGGUGUAGAAAUCUGUGUCUGUUGUCGAAGUUGUUUCUGGACCACAAGACGCUCUACUACGACGUGGACCCUUUCCUCUUCUACUGCAUGGUGACGCGGGACGAGCACGGCUGCCACCUCGUGGGUUACUUUUCCAAAGAAAAAGAGUCCGCCGAGGGUUACAACCUCGCUUGCAUCAUGACCCUGCCGCAGUACCAGCGCCAGGGUUUGGGCCGACUGCUCAUAGCCUUCAGCUACGAACUCAGCAAGCGGGAGGGCAAGCUCGGUUCCCCCGAGAAACCCUUGAGCGAUUUGGGUCUGCUGAGCUACCGGCAGUACUGGAAGGAGACGCUGGUCGAGUUGUUGAGUGACCCGGCGAGGCUGCCGGCCCCGGGGAGCGCGAGCCACACGCCCAGCAGCGACCACCUGCACCCGCACAGCAGCCUGGGCUUCGGUAACGCCCCGAGCAGCCAGUUCAGCACGAGCAUCGCCGAGAUCGCCAGCCUGACGGCCAUGAGCGAGAAGGACGUCCACGAGCAACUCGAGGUGUUGAAGCUGUUGAGGUAUCACAAGGGAGCCUGGAUCAUCGUCGUCAGGGACGAACUGCUGGAGUGGCAGGAGAAGAAACGGGAGAAGGAAAAACUAAAGGGCGCCAGGGGGAUCGACGCGAGCAGAUUGAACUGGAAGCCGCCCGUCUUCACGGCUAGUAGCCGCACAUGGAACUGGUAGUAGAUUUUCCCCCUACGUAUGCGAGGUCGACGAUGGCACCCAGGGGGAAGCAGCAGGAUUGAUAUCAUUUUUAAACAGCAUGGCGUUGGAGGCGGUCCAACUUUAAUUAUUACUACGAGUAGCAAUGACAGGAUAUUACGGGACUCUGGUUUAAAAACGCACAUCCGGUACCGAGUACAAUAGCACAUAAGAUUUGGCAUCAUGAAAUGAGGUGUAAAGACAUUGUACUCUGCUAA